CUCCCCGCGCCGCCGGGCGCGCCGGGGUCGGGUCGCUGGUGCGGCCGCCGGUCGGGGCCCGCCGCGCCAUGGCGGAGGUGAAGGUGAAGCCGGAGGUCCCCGACCCCAUGGAGAUAGAGAACAGGAUUAUUGAGCUGUGUCAUCAGUUCCCUCACGGUAUCACAGACCAGGUGAUUCAAAAUGACAUGCCUCACAUGGAAGCCCAGCAGCGAGCCAUGGCGAUCAACAGGCUGCUCUCGAUGGGGCAACUGGAUCUUCUCAGGAGCAAUGCAGGCCUCCUGUAUAGAAUCAAAGAGUCUCAAAACGCAAGUAAAAUGAAAGGCUCUGACAAUCAAGAGAAACUGGUUUACCAAAUUAUAGAAGAUGCAGGCAACAAAGGUAUCUGGAGCAGGGACAUUAGAUACAAGAGUAAUUUGCCUUUAACGGAGAUCAACAAGAUACUGAAAAACUUGGAAAGCAAGAAACUAAUUAAAGCAGUUAAAUCUGUGGCAGCAUCCAAGAAGAAGGUGUAUAUGCUAUAUAACCUGCAGCCCGACCGCUCUGUGACUGGUGGGGCUUGGUACAGUGACCAAGACUUUGAGUCUGAAUUUGUGGAGGUGUUAAAUCAACAGUGUUUUAAAUUUCUACAGAGUAAGGCAGAAGCAGCUCGAGAGAGCAAACAGAACCCCAUGAUACAGAGGAACAGCUCAUUCGCCUCAUCCCAUGAGGUGUGGAAAUACAUCUGUGAACUGGGUAUCAGUAAGGUCGAGUUGUCAAUGGAAGAUAUUGAAACCAUUUUAAAUACACUAAUAUACGAUGGAAAAGUGGAGAUGACUAUUAUUGCUGCAAAGGAGGGGACGGUAGGCAGUGUGGAUGGACAGAUGAAGUUGUACAGAGCCGUCAGUCCUCUCAUACAACCCACUGGAUUAGUCAGGACGCCCUGUGGACUCUGUCCCGUUUUUGAUGAUUGCCACGAAGGUGGUGAGAUUUCUCCAUCAAACUGUAUUUAUAUGACAGAGUGGCUGGAGUUUUAAAGUGAAAGAAAACUGUAAACUGGAUUUGUGCUUCACAGCCAAGCUGACAAAGCAGCUUGCUUUUUUAAAAGUGGACUUCUAAAUUUGUGAGCAACUUCAGGAUGUGGAGUGACUGUUUUUAAUGAAACAUAAAGCAGCAGCAUAUCAGUUGCCCGAGCGGUGCUGUGAGUGGACUGGAAAUCGAGUCAGCACUGAAGAUCAAGGCUGAAGUGGAAAUGUAGAUCCAUUCUUGUACCAAAAAUUAGUUGUGGGACUUGAAAAGUGUCGUAGCACAGCUGGGUGGUGAUGCAUCGCUUCCAAGGAUUGUGUCAAGUACUCCACAGAUGCUUAUUCUGAAUAAGAGGAAAAAAAAGUCAUUAGCUGAUCAGAAAAACUUGCUAAUGAGUGUUGCCGAGAAUGAGAACCUGAACUUUGCUUUCAGACUAAUGCUAAUGGUGGGUGCUCUAAGUCCUAAAGUUGACGCUUUUCUCCCUUGAUAGCUACCAUCUAAUUGAAGACUAAGACUCUGACGUGGGAAAGAUCCUAAAUAUGUCAAACAGAACUCAGCGAUUCUUUAUUAUCUUUCCUACCUGCUAAUUUAUCAUUAAAACCCUGACUUUUCUCAUG